AUGGUGCGGGGGAAGACGCAGAUGAAGCGGAUAGAGAACCCGACGAGCCGGCAGGUGACCUUCUCCAAGCGCCGCGGCGGCCUGCUGAAGAAGGCCUUCGAGCUCUCCGUCCUCUGCGACGCCGAGGUCGCCCUCGUCGUCUUCUCCCCCCGCGGCAGGCUCUACGAAUUCGCCAGCUCCAGCAUGAAGAACACAAUUGAACGUUAUAAGACAGUCACAAAGGAUAAUAUCAGCAGACAGACGGUACAGCAAGAUAUAGAGAAAAUAAAAGCUGAUGCUGAGGGCUUGUCAAAGAAGCUUGAUGCUCUUGAAGCCUGCAAAAGCAAACUUUUGGGUCAAAAUUUGGAAGAAUGCUCUAUUGAAGAACUGCAAAGCUUGGAGCUCAAAAUUGAAAAAAGCCUUCUAGGCAUCAGGGCAGUGAAGACUCGGCGGUUUGAAGAGCAGCUCUCUACGUUGAGGCAGAAGGAGACAAAGUUGCGGCAGGACAAUGAAGAACUAUAUAGCCAGUGCCAGAAGGAACAGCACCUUGCGUUGGCGGCGCCCCCUGCUCCGGCGACCUUGGCGGCGCCCCCUGCUCCGGCGACCUUGGCGGAGCAGAGCCAGGACGUGGUGGAUGUGGAGACGGAUCUAUUUCUUGGAUUGCCCGGCACCGGCCGCUCCUGA